CACCAAGAAUCCCACUCUUACGUUUUUCGUAGAAUCGACCGCGCAAACUCAAUCCUCGAAACCCUCUCUUGUUUUCUUCUAACUAUUUUUCUUUGUUAUUCUCGAACGUUGUGGAAACUGUCAUGUUUCGGUGACAUGCACCAUGUAAUUACGUGACUAUGGAGGAGAACAAGUGCUUACGUGUGUGUCUUUUUCAGAGACAGAUAUUAUAAAAGACAAUAACAAUGGAUGAUGAUGCUAUCGUGGAAUAUGAGAAGUUCUCGUCACACCUCACGUGUGUUUUGUGUAAUCAUCUUUUCAAAAAUGCCACCACAAUUUCUGGAUGCUUCGAUACUUUUUGCAGGGAAUGUAUAGAAAGGAAGAUAGUAGAUGAGUAUCUAACACAUUGUCCAAUAUGCAAUCUAGACUUGGGAUGUUCUCCUUUAGACAAACUAAGGACGGAUAAUAAUAAGAUAACAAUGAUUAGUAAAAUUAUGACCUCUACAAAGAAACACUUUGGAAAAGGUGAAAGUGUUGCUUCAACUCAAGUAGUUACAAAGAAAAGGAAGAACUCUCGAGCCUCUUUGCAAUCCAAAGCGAAAAAGGCGAGAAGAGAUUCAAAGAAAAUUAAGAAAGAGAUAAGAAAAGGAAAGCGGGUUCAACGAGAGCCAAAGCAGUUGCUAGAAGAACUUCCUAUCACUCCACAGGAACCAAAAACUACUGCUGCUGAAAUCGCUGUUGCAGCAGAUGUUAAGAAAGACGCGACACAGCAGCGCGGAAUAGAAAUUCUGGAUGAAGUUUCUACAAUUCUGUCUGCCAGAAAAGCUAAAAAUGUGGCGAGGAAAAAGUUUAUCAGAACUGAAUUAGAUUCUACUUCUCAGCCUGACAAAGUCAUUUCUGAUGGAAAGAAAGACGAUAUCCUCCCUCGGCUUGAAGCAUUCACCGAGACUCCAAAAAUCAGAUUUAAGAGUUCUUCAAAACCAGAAUCAUCGAACCAGAAAUCAGUGUUCAAGAAUGUUUCAAUGGACAAAGCUGAGUUAAGGAAAGAAAAAGCUGCUGCUGUUAGCGAGCCGUUGAAUUGGUUUGUGGAAACUGCAAACGCGGACAAGUCUGUUAAUAACUCCGCUAUGCAAGGAAAUGGUGUCAUCCCAAUGCUUGUGGACUCUAGUGACAGCGACUCUCGUAACGUUUCUAAGGCUGAUGUUAACAAGCAUUAUAACCCCCAAACAGAAGCAGGUGGUGAUCAAAACGAGUCUGGUCCAUCAAAAUCAAGUUCCUUGAAGUUUAAGAUUAAGAGGGUGGACACAAACCAAGAAAAAAGAGUGAGGUUUUCAGAGGACUUGAACCUUCCAGCACCACCUGAAAGUGAAAGCAAAAAAGAGUUUGAAAGCAAAAAAGAGUUCGAAAGCAAAAACGAGUCGGGCCCUUUUUGGUUCUCCUUGAUCGCGUCUAAGGAUCGGGAACUCGGUGUGCUGCCACAAAUAUCUUCUCAUUACUUAAAAGUCAAGGAUGGGAGUUUAACUGUUUCAUACAUAAAAAAGUAUCUUGUGAAGAAGCUUGAUCUUGCUAGUGAAGCUGAGGUGGAGAUUUUGCUAGGAGGGAAGCCAGUUUAUUGUUCAAUGCAGCUGCAAAACUUGAUGGAGAUGUGGUUGGAAACAAUGUCAAAGAAAGAAAUGAUUGAGACAUCUGUUGGAAGUUCUGCUGAGGAUUUUGUUAUGGUCCUUUCUUAUGGUAGAAAGGCUUGAGAUGAGGAUUUAUACAUGACUAUUUAGACAUCUUUGGAUUCGAUUUUGAUAGAGAUUAAAGUGAUUUUAGAAUUUUAAAAUUGAUUUUUACAGGCUUAAAUGUUGUUGGUUAGAAUUGGUUUUGAUUUCGGAAUUUAAUUAACUUAAAAGAUAGAA